UCGGAGAUUUUUGCAAUGUCUCGUCGGAAAGAAGAUAAUGAAGAAGCUCUGAAAUGGGCAGCUAUAGAGAGAUUGCCCACACAUUUACGUAUAAGAAGAGGCUUACUAGUUGAGUCAGAUGGUAAAGCUAGAGAAAUUGAUGUGAAAAAUCUUGGGUUAUUAGAGAGGAAGACCCUUAUUGAGAGACUCGUCAAAACUGCUGAAAAAGAUAAUGAGAAGUUCUUGUUGAAGCUCAAGCAAAAAAAUAAAAGGGUUGGACUUGACAUCCCAACAAUUGAAGUUCGUUUUGAGCAUUUGGAUGUGGAGGCAGAAGUUUAUGUUGGAAGCAGAGCUUUACCAACUAUAUUGAACUUCUUAGUCAACAUAUUUGAGGGAAUCUUAAAUAAUCUUCAUAUUCUUCCAACUAGAAAGGUCCCAUUACAGAUCCUUCAAGAUGUUAGUGGUAUCAUCAGACCUCAAAGACUUACAUUACUUUUAGGUCCCCCAAGCUCUGGAAAAUCCACAUUACUAAAGGCUUUGGCUGGAAGACUUGAUAAAGAUUUGAAAUUUGGUGGGAGAAUUACAUACAAUGGACAUGGAAUGGAGGAGUUUGUUCCACAGAAGACAUCAGCUUAUGUAAGUCAGUAUGAUCUUCACAUAGGAGAAAUGACUGUUAGAGAAACACUGGCUUUUUCAGCAAGAUGCCAAGGAGUUGGGCCCCAUUAUGAGAUGUUGGCAGAGUUGUCGAGAAGAGAAAAGGCCGCGAAUAUCAAACCCGAUCCUGACCUUGAUAUCUACAUGAAGGCAGCAUCAUUAGAAGGGCAGGAGAUCAGUAUACUUACUGAUUAUAUCAUCAAGAUUUUGGGACUUGAAAAUUGUGCUGAUACAAUGGUUGGAGAUGCAUUGGUUAGAGGUAUCUCUGGUGGGGAAAGAAAGCGAGUCACAACAGGGGAGAUACUUGUUGGGCCUGCAAGAGCUCUGUUCAUGGACGAAAUAUCGACCGGUUUGGACAGUUCGACGACUUUCCAGAUUGUAGACUCCAUAAGGCAAUCCAUUCACAUCCUAAAGGGAACUGCAAUUAUCUCUCUCCUCCAGCCAGCCCCUGAAACCUAUGAACUUUUUGAUUACAUAAUUCUUCUAUCAGAAGGACAAAUUGUUUACCAAGGACCGCGUGAAAAUGUCCUCGAGUUUUUCGAAUUCAUGGGAUUCAAAUGUCCUGAGAGGAAAGCAGUAGCUGACUUCCUACAAGAAGUUACAUCAAGGAAAGAUCAAGAGCAAUAUUGGGAGCAUAAAGAUGAGCCUUAUAGCUUUGUUCCUGUCAAUGAAUUUGCAGAAGCAUUUCAGUCAUUUCACAUCGGUCGAAAACUAGGAGAUGAGCUUGCAACUCCAUAUGACAAAUCCAAAAGCCACCCAACUUCUUUAACAACCAAGAAAUUUGGUUCAACCAAGGAGUUAUUUAGAGCUUGUUUAUCCAGAGAAUUCUUGCUUAUGAAGAGGAACUCAUUUGCCUACAUUUUCAAAUCAUUCAUGCUUAUUCUCCUAGCUUCUACAACAAUGACAAUUUUUCUAAGGACAAAGAUGCGCCGAGAUACGGUUGUGGAUGGUGUGGUUUAUAUGGGUGCUCUAUACUUUGGUGUGAUUGUAGCAAUGUUCAAUGGAAUAUCAGAACUCAAUUUGGCCAUCAUGAAACUUCCCAUCUAUUACAAGCAAAGAGACCUUCUCUUCCAUCCUUCAUGGGCAUAUUCUGUUUCCACAUGGAUCCUUAAGAUCCCGAUAUCCACUGUAGAAGCUGCCAUUUGGGUGUUCAUGACUUAUUUUGUCAUCGGCUUUGAUCCAAGUGUUGAAAGGUUUUUUAAGCAGUUCUUGAUCAUACUAUGCAUCAACCAGAUGGCAUCAGGUUUAUUCCGGUUGAUUGCGUCAGUAGGGAGAGACGUUAUUGUGGCCAACACAUUUGGGUCAUUUGUUCUGCUUCUAGUUAUGGUUUUAGGUGGAUUUAUAUUGUCUCGAGAGGAUAUAACAAAGUGGUUGUUGUGGGGUUAUUGGGUCUCGCCGCUGAUGUACGGACAGAAUGCUAUAGCCGUGAACGAAUUUCUUGGGAAAAGUUGGAGACAUGUUCCACCUAAUUCCACAGAACCAUUGGGAGUUUUGGUAUUGAAGUCUCGUGGGUUUUUUCCGGAUCCAAAUUGGUAUUGGAUUGGAGUAGUAGCUUUGAUUGGAUACAUUUUUCUAUUCAACUUUCUCGUCACUUUGGCACUAAAAUAUCUUGAUCGUAAGAAUGAUAUUAAACUUUCGAUUGAAUUGAUAAAUUCAUUUGGCAAGCCUCAGGCAGUGCUAUCAGAAGAGAGCUUGGCAGAGAGAAAUGUCAACAGAACUGGAGGAGCCUCCAUUGAGCAAUCUUUAAGAGCAAAGAACCCUUUUGAUAUUAUGAAUGCUGCAGCUGAAAGCAACAAUGAAGGUCAAAACAUUGCAUCAGUUGGGUCAUCAUCUGCAAGAGUAUUGUGCAGAGCUGGUAAUGGUUCUAACGAAAGAUUGCGCGGAAUGAUUCUUCCUUUUCAACCCCUUUCCAUCUCUUUUGAUGAAAUCAGAUAUGCUGUAGACAUGCCUCAGGCAAUGAAAGCGCGCGGAAUCACUGAACAGCGUCUCGAACUUUUGAAGGGCGUGAGCGGCAGUUUUAGGCCCGGAGUUCUAACAGCUCUAAUGGGUGUCACUGGUGCUGGAAAGACUACCUUAAUGGAUGUAUUGGCUGGAAGAAAAACAGGAGGAUAUAUUGAAGGAAGCAUUACGAUAUCUGGGCACCCGAAAAAACAAGAAACAUUUGCUCGCAUAUCUGGAUAUUGUGAGCAAACAGAUAUCCAUUCUCCUCAUGUUACAGUUUAUGAAUCUUUGCUUUACUCUGCUUGGCUUAGAUUACCUCCUGAUGUUGAUUCUUCAACCAGAAAGAUGUUCAUUGAAGAAGUGAUGGAACUUGUGGAGCUGACCUCCUUGAGGGGAGCACUUGUUGGAUUAGCCGGCGUGGAUGGCCUUUCAACUGAGCAGCGGAAAAGGCUGACUAUUGCGGUCGAGCUUGUUGCCAAUCCAUCCAUAAUAUUCACGGAUGAACCCACCUCCGGUCUAGAUGCCAGAGCAGCGGCAAUAGUAAUGAGGACGGUGAGGAACACGGCGGACACAGGACGGACUGUAGUUUGCACCAUCCACCAGCCAAGCAUAGAUAUAUUUGAUGCGUUUGAUGAGCUACUUCUUCUAAAAUUAGGAGGUGAGCAAAUAUAUGCUGGUCCAUUAGGCCGCCAUUCCUCCGAUCUCGUCAGCUAUUUUGAGGCAAUCGAUGGAGUUCCUAAGAUUAGGGAAGGCUAUAACCCUGCAACUUGGAUGUUGGAGAUAACUUCACCAGCACAAGAAGCUGCUCUUGGGGUUAGUUUCACAGAUAUUUACAAGAACUCAGACCUCUACAAGAGGAACAAGGCACUGAUCAAGGAACUUAGUACACCUACACCAGGUUCUAAAGAUCUGUACUUUCCAACCAAGUACUCGCAGCCUUUCUUCACCCAAUGUAUGGCUUGCUUAUGGAAACAACACUGGUCAUAUUGGCGAAACCCACCCUAUAGUGCCAUCAAACUCUUGUUCACAGCUGCCAUCGCACUACUGUUUGGAAUGGCAUUUUGGGAUCUUGGCUCUAAAAGGAGAAAGCAACAAGAUCUCUUCAACGCAGUGGGUUCCAUGUACGCUUCUGUCUGCUUCAUUGGGGUGAAAAAUGGCUCCUCCAUUCAGCCAGUGGUGGCUAUUGAGAGAACCGUCUUCUACAGAGAAAGAGCAGCCCGCAUGUAUUCUGCUCUGCCCUAUGCAUUCGCGCAGAUGGCAGUUGAGCUUCCCUACAUUUUGAUACAGAGCUUGAUAUAUGGGAUUCUGGUAUAUUCAAUGAUGGGAUUCGAGUGGACAGUUUCCAAGUUCUUCUGGUUCAUCUUCUUCAUGUAUUGCACAAACUUAUACUUCACAUUCUAUGGGAUGAUGAUCAUGGCCGUUAGCCCCAACCACCAUGUCGCCGCCAUCUCUUCCUCCGCCUUUUAUGCACUUUGGAAUCUCUUCUCUGGAUUUGUCGUCCCUUUAACAAGAAUUCCAAUAUGGUGGAGAUGGUUCUAUUGGAGUUGCCCCGUGGCUUGGACCUUGUACGGAUUAGUUGCGUCGCAGUUUGGAGACGUGAAGGAGACUCUAGAGACGGGUGAGACGGUGGAAGCUUUUGUGAGGACUUAUUUUGGAUUCAAACACGACUUUCUAGGAGUUGUUGCAGUUGUGAUUGUUGGGAUUCCUCUGCUCUUCGGAUUCAUUUUUGCCUAUUCAAUUAAGACUUUGAACUUCCAAAUAAGAUGAAAGAAGAGUAUUGAGAAGAUCUCGCUAAGGCAAUGCAAUGGCUGCGUUGGAAAAAAAAAAAAAAAAAAAGUGCUCUAAAGUGGGGUUGAUUUGCCAAUGAAAUUCCCAGUCUUGAAGAGGUGGCGAGAUUCUUGACGCUGUUAUUCAAAUGUACUCAAAUUGAUGAAUAAAUAGUUACUUCUUUAUUUAUACAGAUUUUUUGUAACAGAUUGUUGUUCUUAAGGUCAACCUCCAUGACAGCGUAUCUGAAUAUGUAGUUUUAAGCAACAUCCCCAUAUUAAUAAUAAGAGACAGACGUGUAUAUUGCAAAGC